UAUGAAUUUAAGGGUAUGAUCGACUAUGUAUUCUUCACACGACAGCACUUCCAUCUACUAGGUAGCCUGGAUCAGCUGCCCGACAGCUGGUUCAACCAGGAAAAGGUUGUCGGUUGUCCACAUGUUCACGUUCCAUCUGAUCACUUCCCACUUCUAGUAGAGCUUGAAUUGCUUUCUCCGGCUGUAUCUGGGGCUUCGACUUUGAAUACAAUUGCUAAUAAGAACGAGUUCACUUCCAAUGUCGUAGGUGAGUCAUGA